AUGGGAAACGUUUAUUCAAUCAUAUUAUGCGAUCGGGAUCUACAUCAUCUUCCAGAUGACAUCUAUAAACAUCAUAAACAUGUCACGAAGCUGCUGCUUCGUCGAAACAAUAUAGCAGAGAUCCCACAAGAGAUUAAAAUCUUGACCAAUUUAGUGGAAUUGAGUUUAAGAGACAACUUACUGACGUCUGUGCCACCGGAGUUAGCCUGUCUGAGGUUACUUCAAAAAUUGUCUCUUGCAAAUAAUCGGAUCCAAGAACCGCCCGAACCUAUCGCUACAUUCAGUCACCUCACAUGGCUCUCUCUCGCCAGCAACACACUUACAAGUCUCCCGGACUCAUUCUCUAAGCUGCAAAAGUUGACUUCACUGGAUCUUCAACGGAACCGGUUUAGCACUAUCCCGGAAUGUAUAUUCAACAUGCAGUCUCUCAACAUUCUACUGCUACAGAAGAACCGAAUUACAGUAAUUUCCCCCAAAAUCGGUCGGUCUUGGGAGAAUCUUUUGAAUCUGGAUUUACACACCAAUGAUCUAAGGACUUUGCCUGACCAACUUGGAUGCAUGAAGUCCCUGCGCCGUCUAAAUUUGGCUAUCAAUAAGAUUAUAGAAAUCCCUACUACCAUAGGGCAGCUCCAGCUACUCGAGUGGUUAAACUUGAAUGACAACAAGCUGGAGACUUUACCUGAGUCAAUGCAGAGCAUGCAAUCGCUCGUCAAGAUGGGUAUUGUACAAAACAGACUGCGAACACUACCGGCUGCUUUGGCCAAACUCAAUUCGCUAUACAAACUGGAUUGCCGAAGAAACAAUAUUGAGUGCUUGCCAAGUAUAUACAAGGAUAUGCAGGGAAUUCACAGUCUACUCCUAGAAGAAAACCCACUA